GCUUCGUCGAGAAGACUACCAAAUUUACAAAAAUUAGAUGAAACGUUAAAACUAUGUGCCCCAUGAGAAACCCGUUGCCUAUUAAAUCAUUUAGAUGGCCUCUCUCCCGGAUGUCUACGUCAUACUAAAUUCUGUAGUAAAAGUAUGUACGACAAUGAUAGGAUCAACAUUCUACCCAAUUCUACUGUAGGAUUGAAUCUCCAAUACUUUUUAAUAACAUCAAUUCAGCCUUUCUGAUUGACUUCUGCAUACGAAUCAUAUUGCAACCCAAAUUGUUAGCAGUGGAAUCAGAUGAUAUAGGAUAUGAAGUGAUCUGUCCCUUAUAGUUGAAAUAAUCCCGGGCAGGUGUGGAAGAAUUGUUGUUGUAUAGGAUUCUUUGCAUUGUGGGAAAAUGAGCUUUCAGGAUUUAGAAGCAGGACGGUUAUUGCCCAUUAGGAAAGAGGCCGCUAAUGGGAAGCAGGAUUUCUCUCAGGCCGUGGCAGCAGGAGUUUUCCAGGUCAAUACAGCGGUUUCAACCUUUCAGCGGCUUGCCAAUACCCUGGGCACACCGAAGGAUUCUCCCGAGCUAAGGGAGAAAUUGCAUAAGACUAGGCAACAUAUUGGACAGUUGGUGAAAGAUACAUCAGCAAAACUUAAAGCAGCCAGUGAAGCAGAUCUGAAUGUGGAAGUUGGCGCUAGCAAGAAGAUAAAAGAUGCAAAGCUUGCAAAAGAUUUUCAGGCUGUCUUAAAAGAAUUUCAGAAGGCACAAAGAUUUGCAGCUGAACGUGAGACAGCUUAUAAACCUUUUGUUCCCCAAGCAGUUCUACCAUCAAGCUAUGUUGCUAGUGAGUUGAACUUAAGCACAGACAAAUCUAGGGAGGAUCAGGCUCUCCUUGUAGAGUCAAGGAGACAGGAAGUUCUUCAGCUACAAAAUGAUGUUAUCUUUAAUGAGGUCAUUAUUGAAGAACGAGAGCAAGGGAUAAAGGAGAUUCAGCAGCAUAUUGGAGAAGUAAAUGAAAUUUUUAAAGAUCUUGCAGUUCUAGUUCAUGAGCAAGGAGUCAUGAUUGAUGAUAUUGACUCCAACAUAAAUGGUGCCCAUUCUGCAACUGGUCAAGCAAAAAUUCAAUUGGCCCAUGCAUCUAGGGCUCAGAAAUCAAGUUCUUCUCUGACUUGUUUGUUGCUGGCGAUUUUUGCUAUGGUAGCAUUCAUUGUCAUCAUAGUCCUUGCAGCAUAAUUGGUGACACAUUCCCUAGAACAAUUGGGAUUCGAUUCCUAUUGUGUCAAAGCUUUAUUAACUCCACCGCUGCAGAUUGGUUUGUGUCAAUCUUGGAUCUCUCUUGAGAUCUCCUGGGUACAACAUUUUGAUGUACCUGAAAGGUUGGGGUCCUUUGUUUUGUAUCCCAUGCAACAUAUUUCUUUAGUUUUUUACAACUGGCAAUUGCCACAGGUUGCCUCUGGAUUAAUAACAUCCCGAUUCAUGUUGCGCUUUGAUGGAGAUGAAAAAGCUAAUUGUUUGUAUAAUAGUCGGUCAUUUUCGAAGUAUGGAAUAUAUAUAUAUAUAUCAUUCUUAAGACUACUCGCCACAUUUUUUAGUAAUGCCUUGAUGUGAUAAUUUGUGCAGUUGCAGUUCUUCUAUGGAGUCAUAACUGACAAAUUCCUUUUACAGGGGUUCUCAUAUUGGAUAAUUAAUUGUCUCGUCUCUUCCUCAUGUUUUUUAAUGAAUGAUUUGUUUCGUUUUC